ACUUCAUGCCUGGCUUAUUCAGCAGGGCAGGGCGACUACACUACAGGUCAAAACUGAAAAGAAACAUCAGUUAAAGAGGUCAUAAGGACAUGGCUACAGCGGCGGCAGUGCAACAGCCUCCAUCCCUAGAAGAAGAAGAAAUUGACGACGACUUUGUCUUGAUAGAGCUUGUACUGGACGGGAGCCAGAGGGACAAGAGCACUCCCAAAGAGCCUGAUAGAAGUAAAAAACAGAACCCAAAGUCUGGCCCACCUAAAGUUCCUGAUAGUAUACCUAAUUUUGAGGAUUAUGAAGAUUUUGUUGAAAUUACAGUAGAGGAAGCAAAUUUACCAGAGUCCCGGUCGGAAGAUAACAAGAGAUCUCUUUAUGGUGUUCGUUUGUUCCAGUAUUCCCCAGAGAGCGAAGGAAAUAUAUACAUAACAAACGAAGAGCUGUAAAUUUCCAAUAUCCUUCACUCCUUUUUUACUCUCCUUUCCUCUGUCUCUCUAAUCACCAACUCAACUAUCUCCAUUCCACUUAACAUUGUUAUGUACAUAGUUUAAUGUUUAAUAUUUGUGUUGAGAACUUGAGCUUAACGACUUCACAUGUAUCGCUAUUACUUGUGUAUAUAUAUAUAUAAUUAACCUAUUCAUAGACAAGACUCUACCAUUCUAUUAUAUAACUUAUUAUUGCCAUUGCUGUUAUUGUUUCAUUAGUGUUACAUGUAUGAUGUAUCAUUGUUACAUUUUCAUUGUGUAAUCUGGUACUCUGCACUCUACUUGCUAUAACAAUUGUUAACUAGAGCACUAUGUGUGUACUAUUGUUAUAACAAUGAAUAUGAUUUAAAAACCAUCUCCAAAUAUGGUAGAAUAACAUUGUAUCAGUGUUCAUAUCUUGCCAAGCUUCCUUCGCAGGGAUUUCAUCCGCUUUCUCCAUUUCCUCAACUUGUGUUUCUUCAUUUUCUUUUUUCUUUUCUUUAAGACACUGCUGCAAUCAUAACCAUUCACUGCCUGGGGUUGUGAUGAUGGCAAUAUUAAUGGAAGGUUAAGUGACAGUUGGAAAUUGGAGCCACACCCACUAGCCCUCAGUGGAGAAGAAAGCUGAAAAAAUGAGCAUUCCAACUUUUUAAUUUCUCCACAUGUCCUCGAACCAAAGCCACAAAUCCCUAGUCUAAGAGGCCCAUACAGCCUCUUACAGCAACUGAAGAGACGAGGAGCAGCCAUGAAUGAAUUCGAGCUGAAUGGCACACCACGUGGGCAAUGGAGCCUACUGCGCAUGCGCAGUGACAGCCCCUUCACGUUGUCUGGAAAGUAACAAAGCAUGGCAGAGGGAGAUGCAGAUUUUGAAGGAGGCGAUGCCGGAGCCAGUGAAACUUACCCACAGCAAUGCUCUGCCCUGCGCAAGGGAGGGCAUGUUGUUUUAAAGGGUAAACCCUGUAAAAUAAUGGAAAUGUCUACUUCUAAGACCGGAAAGCACGGCCAUGCAAAGGUGCAUAUGGUGGGUGUUGAUAUAUUUACUGGAAAGAAGUAUGAAGAUAUAUGUCCGUCCACGCACAAUAUGAAUGUGCCUCAUGUGAAAAGAGUUGAUUAUCAGCUAAUUGAUAUUUCUGAUGAUGGUUUUCUUAGUCUAAUGACGGAUACUGGAGACCAAAAAGACGAUGUUAAACUUCCAGAAGGUGACGAGGGUAAAUCUAUUAAGUCUCGUUUUGACAACGGUGAUUCUUUCUUGGUCACUGUUGUGACCGCCAUGGGGACAGAAGCAGUGAUGGGGACCAAAAACAUGAAAGAAUAGUAACGACUGCUAUAGAAGGAUGGUUCCUUGGUUAUCUCUAGUAGCUGUGCAUUAUAAAUAUAUAAUGUUUAAUUAUUUCUACUCAAUUAUUAUUGUAUAACUAGUUCUAUUAUUAUUAUUGUUGUUGAUGCAAAUCACUGUUUCCAUCUUUCAUCAUAUUAUUGUUAUUAUUAUUAUUAUUAUUGUUAAUAAUGGUUGUUUUUGUGGUUAAAAGAUGUUUGUUUCUGCUGGAAGAAAUGGUAGUUUUAAAAA